AUGAAUAUUAAACCAUUUCCAAAUAAGGAAAUAAUUAAAAAUAUUUCAUAUAUUUCACAGGAUGAUUUCACUAGUGAUGAUACAGUUAUUAAUAACAUUCUUCUCGGACUUAACAUGAGAAUGGAAGAUGUGGACGUUUAUGAAAAAGAAAUGGUUUUAAAAAGGGUAAGACUAGUAGCUAAAAAAUUCAAUAUAGAUGAUACAUUUAUGAACCUAAAAAAUGGAUAUUUUACUAAGGUUGGCUCAAGAGGAUCCAAUUUAAGUAGCGGAGAAAGACAGAAAAUAGCUAUAUUAAGAGCCUAUUUAAAGAAUGCCCGAUAUUUAUUUUUGAUGAAGCAACAAGUGUUUUAG